UCUCGCGAGGUUUGCACUUCCUAUUUUCUUCAUCCAGCAUGGCCACGCUGUUUGAGGGAUACACGUUGUGCGGACUUGUACAAACGCAAAGUGCUUCAGAUUCGGCAAUUCAGGGAAUUGAACUGGAUGGAGACAGUGACCAUGCCGUCGUCACCGAUUCUACGAGAGCUGUCACUUUAUACAAGGUUUCAGACCAGAAGCCUCUGGGUAGCUGGACGGUGAAACAGGGACAGUUGUUGACUUGUCCUGCAGUGUUCAACUUUCAGACCAAGGAAUAUGUAGUGGUCUCUGACAACAAGGUCAUCAGAGUUUGGAAAGAAGAGGACCUCAAUUUAGACAAAGCAUUUAAAGCAACUGUAUCUGCUGAUGUAUGGAGGGUCCACUCUGCCCCAGGGGGAGAGCCUGUGGUGCUGUUUCAGAGAGGGGCAGUCAGACUCCUGGACUCCCUCCUCUCUGCCCCCCAGCAGCCCAUCGAGGACAUCCUGUCAGAGGAGGAGGUCAUAAGGUGGAGCACCAACAUCGUGGCUGAGAAACAACACUUUGUCCUCUUCACGACAGAGCAGAGAGGGGAGCACUUCCUGUAUGUGCAGAGGCUCAACCCCAACACCCUACAGAAGUAUAGGCUGGAGAGAGAAGACUCUGGAGCUUCCCCAUUGAGUUUCUCUGCCUCUCUCCGGGACAAACACCUCAACCUGCUCUACCUGUACCCUAACGGCUGUGUGUACCAGAGUGUGGUGGCAGUGCAGGGGCCUGUGGGGCUGGAAGGGGUGCAGGCCCUGCCUCGUAGCCUGCGCCUGAGGCUGCCCGUUGGGGAGGGGGAGCUGGGCGCUGCCUCGGCAGUGGCCCUGGACGAAGCUCAUGUGGCUGUGGUGGGGAUGCCCCAUCCCUCCGCCAGGACUGGCAAAGAUUUCCUCUGCAUCUGGAAUACUAAUUUCCAGACUCUUCAGGCUGGCAAGGAGAUGGUGGGAAGAAUCCGUGGACAGGUCUGGUGUUAUUUAGGGAAGCUGUUUGUCCCUCAUGGCAAGGCCCUCUCCGUCAUUCCCUACGAGUGUCAGAAGUCCUCCCUGGCCUCGGCCCUGGGGAAACUACGGCACACUGGGAUUGCAGUGUCCAAAUCGUCAGUGGCUAUCCCCUCUUGGAACACCCUACUCCAUGGGAAUCAGCCACAGGGGCCCACCAAAAUAGUGGAUACCAGGAAGAGUAAGCUGAGACGGAAGAGCCAAUCAGUGCCUGCCCUCACAGUGGACCAAGUACUGGAGCUUAUCAAGACUGGUCCAGUGGAGGAGGUCCGGAGGGAGGUUGAGGCCCUGGUCUCCAGAGGCGAUGCCCAGGACCUGCAGCUCUCGGUGGGCCGGCUGGCCUGCCACCUGGUGGCCCGAAGCCAGGUCGAGACGGCCUUCUACGCUCCCGGGGCCUUGGCACGGCUGGUGCAAACACAGUGCCUUUGCCACAGCAUGUGUCCCGACCUCCUGCUGCUGGCUCUGGAGCACAAGGACUACUUCCUGUGUCAGCUCUGCCUGCAGCUCUUCCCAGACAUCCCUGAGGUGGUCACGUGUGCCUGCCUCAAAACCUUCAUCGGUGUGCCAGACGGCGAUGUGGAGAUGGUGAACCUGGAGCCGGACAGCGUGUCCUUCAUGGAGGGCCUGGUGGCGGCGGGGGCCCGGGGGGGCCAACAGAACGGCUUCAGCCCCCCUCUGUUUGAGGACAGCUGUGACCCCCACCACCAGCCCAAACCUCCCCAGCACCAGGAUAAGAAGAACCCCACACUGCAGCUGGAGCUCUGCCCCGUGGGUCUACACAAGGCUGUGCUACUUAAUGAGGUCCUGCAGACGCCGUACAGUGACAACCUCCUCGUCCCCCACCUGAAGGACCUCAAUGCUCCGCAGGUUAUUCUCUUUCUUCGGUACCUCCAGUUCAUCUAUUUGAAAUAUUCCCAAGACGUCUACACACAAACGCCAGUUUUGAGAUCGCCCACAAUGACACAGAUCAUUGACUGGGUGUGCCUGUUGUUGGAUGCUCAUUUCACAGUCUUGGUCAUGGCUCCUGAUGUCAAAGGAUUGCUGUCAAAUCUCCAAAGCUUUGUCAAGUCCCAGGUGAAACUAUUCUCUGAACUGGGGAAGAUCGAGGGCAGCCUUCAAGAGCUCCACAAAAUGAAGCCAUCGAAGGACAUCAGCCAGUACUCCAUAGAAGUCAUUGAGCUUUUUUAGACCAUAUUUACAGAUUAUUUCCAAUAAAACUCUGCCGUUGACCUUU